UCAAGGCUUCGUGGGUAUAAAAGAGCGGCAGCAAGCGGCUACCCUCAAACCGUCGCCAUGAGACUGUCCCUCGCCCCGCUCCUGCUGGGUCUGCUGCUGGCCGUGUGGCUGGGUACGUCCCCUUCGCAGGCUGACCCUCGAUCGGCAGGGAGAAACAGGGACCCUGUCGCCUAUGAGGCUCACAGGCUUCGCAAGGCCUACGCGUACCAUCAGAGACAAGCAACAACUGUACCAUCGCCCACCCCAAAACCGAGAUACCCAGGCUGGUUCCCCUUUGAUCGCGACCUCCCGAUAAAAGACUCCAUGAGAGGGCGCACACCAAAUAACUACCCAAGCCGCAUCAACCUAGAAAAAUCAAACCAAGGUACCACGGCCAUGAAGAAUAACAUGAACUCAAGGCGCUACGGAUAAGAAAGGACGACCUCAUGGCGCGCUGCACACCCACAGGCGGGCACACAAGAUGCAGCGCCCCAAUAAACUUACAGGGGAGACUUUGCCGUGGAUGAUUGAUGGUUAUGAUUUGUACGUCCAGACUUUGUAAUUGUUCAACUUGUUAUCACUGGGAAAUAAAUCAAUAAAUCCAGCAACACAACA